UGACAAACAUUUCCUGCAUUUUUUGCAGAGCUUUUAGGAGAUAUCCUCAAAGAAGCUCCAAAAAAGACAGAUAGUCUUGACUCUAUUAUUGUUGUUGAUAAUGUGCCCAUGGUUGGUCCUGACAGAUUGGAAAAGCUAAAGAAUGUUAUCAGAAAGAUCUUUAAUAAGUUUGGAAAAGUUGUUUCAGAGUUUUACCCAGAAGAAGAUGGACAAACCAAAGGGUUCAUAUUCCUUGAGUAUUCCAAUCCUAAGGAUGCAGCACAAGCUAUAAAAACAGCUAAUGGAUACCAACUUGACAAGAAGCAUAUCUUUGAUGUUAGUGCGUUUUCAGAUUUUGAAAUAUGCAAAACUGUAUCAGAAGACUGGAUGCCACCUGAAAAGCAGCCUUACAUUGACAGGGGAAAUUUGAAAUCAUGGCUUCUUGACAAAGACUGCAAUGAUCAUUACUCUGUGAUAUAUGCUGGUGGACAGCAAGUUGCAGUUUUUCAAAAUAAAAGAAAUGGUCCCGAGCUUUUAACAUUACGACCAGGGUGGACAGAAACAUGUGUUCAGUGGUCCCCUCAUGGUACAUAUUUGGCAACAUUUCAUCAAAAAGGUAUUGCACUAUGGGGUGGAGCAGAGUUUACUCGUCUUCAAAAGUUUAAUCAUUCUGGUGUUCAACUGAUAGAUUUUUCUCCUUGUGAAAGGUAUCUGGUCACUUAUACACCUCCACUAGACCCGAAUGAUCCAAUGUCUAUAGUGUUUUGGGAUGUUCGAACUGGUGCUAAGAAAAGAGCGUUUGCACCAGGAGAGUCUGCACAAUGGCCUGUUUUCAAGUGGGGCCACAAAGGAAAUUACUUUGCAAGAAUUGGCGGGAAUAGUCUAUCUGUUUAUGAAACUCCAGGCUUUGGAUUAUUGGAAAAGAAAAGCAUAAAAGUAUCAAACAUGAAGGACUUUACUUGGUCACCGUCAGACAACCUUAUAGCAUACUGGGUACCAGAGGAUAAAGACACGCCCGCAAGAUUAGUCAUGAUGGAAAUACCAAGUCGACAAGAACGCCGAUCGAAAAAUCUUUUCAAUGUUGCAAGUUGCAGAAUGUAUUGGCAGAAAAAUGGCGAUUUCCUAGCUGUCAAAGUCGAAAGAUACACAAAAAGCAAAAAGGCCCUAUUUAGCACACUCGAGCUAUUCAGGACAAGAAUGAAAGAUAUCCCAGUUGAUACACUUGACCUAAAGGAACCAAUCAUUGAUUUUGACUGGGAACCAAAUGGAAGCAAGUUUGUUGUCUUGCAUGGAGAAUCACCGCACAUAUCAGCAAGCUUUUAUGAUAUUGAAGAAGGGAGUCUAGGAAAAGUUGUUCGGCUCAAGACCUUUGAAAAGAAACAACUCAAUAGUAUAUUCUGGUCACCAACCGGACAAUUUGUGCUGUUGGCCGGUUUGAAAAGCUUCAGUGGAGUCCUUGAGUUCUAUGACACCGGAGACAUGACGCUCAUGAACAGCUGCGAGCAUUUCAUGGCUUCAGACGUUGAAUGGGACCCAACUGGCAGAUAUGUUACCACCUCAGUCAGUUGGUGGGGACACAAGGUCGAUAACGCCUUUAACAUCUGGUCAUUUCAAGGACGUCUACUUCAAACCCAGGCCAUGGAUCAGCUGUGCCAGUUUUUAUGGCGCCCAAAGCCGCCUUCCCUUCUGUCAGAUGAAGAUAUUAAGGACUUAAAGAAGAAUUUCAAGAAAUACCAGAAGAUGUUUGAAGCUGAGGAUAUCAUGAAAGAUACUGAGGCAUCCAAGGAAAUUCUUGAGAAGAGGAGGAAUCUCUUUAAAGAGUUCUCUGAAAUUCGCAAGGAACUGAAUGCAGCUUAUAAAGAUUACAAACCAACCCGUAUCCAGCUUCGAGGCCUGGACACAGACUCUUUGGAUGAAGACACCGACAUAGAAGAGGAGACGAUUGAAUUUUUCAUUAAAGAAGAAACUGAAGUGAUUGAAGAAGGCGAGUGAUCAACUACACUGCGAUUGAUUUGAAGAAGGAGACAGAAAUCACCGUGCUACCCUCACCAUUAUCUGAACAGAAAUUCAUAAAAUAGGACAUCUAACACUAAGGGCAGCCAGAACAAAUAGGCUUUCCUUAGUGUAAUAUUUAAAUUUCACAGUUAAUUAAUUAGGUUUCAUUAUGUACUUCAUACACAAACGGUUUACUGAUAGUUACGUUUCAGUGGCAGUAAUUACACACUUAGUUUAUCGCGUAGUUUUUAGAAUAACGUGCGCAUCAUUAUUCUCGUGUAUACAAACCGCAGCUGCUGCGGGACAACUCGCGAUAGAUAAAUGUGUUUAUGAUGUAGACCUCAGUAGGCUUUAUAGAUGGUUUUUAAGGCAACCUUGGAAAAGGCGUCAUUAUAUCAAUCGUGGUGUUGUGGCCAUAUUUGUGGUACAAAAAUUAAAGAAAUAUUUUUGCAGUGGAAUAAAAGUUGAAUAUUGUCUCGA